UGGAUUUCCUUUUUUGCUUAUUUCUGAGAAUAACAAAAGCUGUCUCUCAGCUUUCGAUUUCUUUUCCAAAAAACAAUGGAUUGCGAGUCCGCCAUCUCUCCCUACUAUCUUCUCUUCCAAGCUCUUGCUUUAAUCCCCGUCUCCCAUUAUUUCCUCGCCGCCUUCUUUGUAUUCCUCGUUUUUCUGUACAACUUUCUGGAGAUUCAUUUCCUUCACGAUUUGCUCACUUUUUUCAGAGGCGAUCCCGUUACAUUAACUUACAACUCAAGCUCCGACCUCGGCCGAUCAGUAGCCGCCAAGUGUAAGAUAUUCCAACAAAGGUACUUGGUCACUCCAUGGCUUUCAAGUCCUCAUAUUCAGACGGCCUUCUUGACUUUUCACGGAAGGCCUCCUCCAGUUACUUAUAGACGACAUUUAUUCCGUGCUUUUGAUGGUGGAACAAUUGCUCUGGACUGGCUAACUUAUUCGGAUGUUCUGGAGGGUUCCGAUGGCGUAAUUGAUGGUUCCACUGCUCGUAAAGAUGAUAAAACUCCUAUUGUCAUUGUCAUUCCUGGCUUGACCAGCGAUUCUAUUGCUGCGUAUGUGAAGCAUCUUGCAUUCAACAUGGCAAGACAGGGUUGGAAUGUUGUUGUAAGCAAUCAUCGUGGUCUAGGAGGUGUAUCUCUAACAUCUGAUUGCUGUUAUAAUGCUGGAUGGACUGAAGAUGUACGGAAAGUCAUUGACCAUAUACGUUGUGAAUAUCCAGAAGCUCCUCUAUAUGCUGUCGGAACUAGCAUUGGUGCCAAUAUUCUGGUUAAAUAUCUUGGAGAGGAUGGCGCAAAUACUCCUGUUGUUGGGGCUGCGGCUAUAUGCUCUCCUUGGGACCUCUUGGUAUGUGAUAGGUUCAUCAACCGUCGACCUAUGCAGAAAAUUUAUGAUAGAGCACUAACAGUUGGCCUGCAAGGUUAUGCACAAUUACAUCAGUCUAUCUUGUCUCGUCUUGUAAAUUGGGAAGGAGUUGAAAAGUCAAGCUCUCUUAGGGACUUUGACAACCAUGCUACUCGAAUUCUUGGAAAAUUUGAGACUGUGGAUACGUAUUAUAGGCGAUCAAGCAGUAUUAAUUAUAUAGAAAAUGUGUCAGUGCCUCUUCUCUGUGUCAGCGCCAUGGAUGAUCCAGUAUGCACCAGUGAAGCUAUUCCAUGGGAUGAAUGUAGGGUCAAUGAAAAUAUUGUCCUAGCUACUACGCCACAUGGAGGACAUCUGGCUUACUAUGAGGGGAUAACAGCUUCUGGCAUAUGGUGGGUAAGAGCUGUUAACGAGUUUUUUGGUGUUCUAAGGACUAGCCCUCUUAUCAAAAGACAGAGGAUGCAGGGUUCUCCGGUGCCCAAGCCACUGCAGAGUUCAAUUGAUCGGGCACCUUAUUUGAAUGUUAUGGGAGAUGGAAUGGUGACCGCAAUGAGCAAUGAACCAACAGAUGCUUUACAAGAAGACACGUCGAACAACGAGCAUAUGAUUCAUAGUAAGGAAGAAGGUACAAUUUCCGAUAACAGAACGAAUUUCGAGUCAAUAGAUAAAAUAAACUCCGACGAGCGAAUCGAGCAGAAAGUGGAGAAAAACGUUAAGGAUUUGAUCGUCCCUGUUCAAGCACGCAUCGAUAAGCUUUCACGGCGGAGCAGACAAUCGAUCUGGUUACUUGCAUACAUUGCCGUCAUAACAACUUGGCCGUUCGUCGGCUCCAUUAUUGUUUCAGUUCUCAAGAAAAGGUUCAAAACUUUUAUACCAGGCACGUUGCUUAGAAAAUAGAGUUACUUCUAGUAGGGGUCACCAAAUACGAUCUAUAGAAAACCAUCGAUGCCCCAAAACUUGAGGGACAAUAAAAGAUACUAACUGCUCUGC